AUGCCGCACCUCCCUAUAGUCUCCAAACACCGGCGGUCGUCGCUCACCAGUAGCCGCGGGUCUUCCAUAGACGAGACACGACGACACGAGGGCGGCGACGAGACGACCAAGGAGGACGAGACCGUCAUGGAUUCCGAGCAGGGCAGCAUGCUCUCCCACAUCAUAUCCCAACUGCGACCUGGCGCUGAUUUGAGCCGCGUCACGCUUCCCACCUUCAUCCUCGAACCGCGAUCGAUGCUGGAACGCAUAACAAACUUCAUGGCACAUCCGGAGACGCUUCUCCCUAUAACCACGGUGGAAGACCCCGUACAGCGAUUCGUAGCAGUGACAAAGUUCUACCUGAGUGGUUGGCACAUCAAGCCCCCGGGAGUCAAGAAGCCGCUCAACCCCAUCCUGGGUGAAAUCUUCACAGGCUACUGGGACUACCCGGACGGCACCAAGGGCUACUACAUCUCCGAACAGACGUCGCACCACCCGCCCAAGUCGAGCUACUUCUUCAUGGCCCCCGAGCACAACAUCCGCAUAGACGGCACCCUCAAGCCUCGAAGCAAGUUCCUCGGCAACUCCGCGGCGAGUAUGAUGGAGGGCAUCGCAGUUCUGCGGCUACUGAACACCGGCGAGCGAUUUUUCGUCACUCAACCCAACAUGUACGCGCGCGGUAUUCUCUUCGGGACGAUGAAGUACGAGCUUGGCGACCACGCAUACAUUCGCUGCCCCGAGACCGGUCUCACUGCCGAUCUCGAAUUCAAGACCAAGGGUUACUUCAGUGGGUCCUACAACGCUAUCGGUGGCUACAUCAAAGACUCCAGCGGCAAGAACCUCUACGAGCUCUCGGGUCAGUGGAACGAGGAGAUGUACAUCAAGGAUCUGACAACUGGCAAAAAGGAGCUUCUGUUUGAUGCAGCACAUACCAAACAUACCCCACCGUCGGCCCGGCCUCUCGAGGAACAAAACGACCGAGAAUCGCAAAAGCUCUGGCACGAUGUGACCGAGGCUGUGAAGCGGAGAGACCAGGACGUCGCAACCGAUGCCAAGGCUAAGAUUGAAGACAUGCAAAGGCAGGAAGCUGCGAAAAGAAACAGCGAAGGUGUGGACUGGCACCCACAGCUCUUCAGACGCGUAAAGGGCGGCAGUGGCGGCAGCGAAGAGGGCGAAGAAGACCUCGACUGGAUCAUCAAUGCAAAGAUUGAUGGCAAGACGCCUGACGAGGUCGUCAAGCAGAUCCUGCAGAUCUACGCGAUCCUCCCGGGUCAGAAGCCAGACAAACAAUUCAACAUCCCAUCGCGAGCGAGCGAAGCGCAUCUACCACAGGCACAAGGAGCUGUACAACCAGCGGAACAAGUGCCCGCUGGACAGUCAGCACAGUCUACGGAAACGUUGCAGCCAGUACCAUCCGAGCCUACAAGCGUGCAGUCGCAACCAGUGACACAACACGAACAGCAGAGCGUAGGUCUUCCCAGCAACUUCGACGGAACAUCGACUCAUGCCCCGCCCUUCAAAAACAGCAGCAUCCCCAGCAAUCCUAGCAACCCACCUAUUCCACCUCUCGAAAAGCCCUAUUCGCGACCUAGUGCGAUCUCACCCGAGAACCGUGAGGCCUUCGCCAAGGAACUGCCUCCCAGCAAACUCCUUAAUUCCAACCCCGAACCAGAGCCACGAAAGGACGAUCUCCUGCGGAGGACCGAUAGUGAGACUCAGGAGGACGAUGAGUUCCAUGAUGCACAAUCGUGA